UGAGGGAGCUGCAGAAAUAGAAAGCGUUAUUAUGUGUUUUAUGGGAAAUAAAGUGGAAAUACAUGUCGUUUAAAUAGGAGCAAACUCUCUGGUAAGUUGCUGGGGGCAUUAUCAGGUCUUUACGCAGCUUCUUUCAUUGUUUUAUCGGAGAAUAUCGCACACGAGAGGAGCCCCGGCUUAGUAGUUGGGAUGUUGGCGGCGGAAAACCCCCCGGUGGACGGACAUCUGGCAGCAUCCACUCCCCGCAGGAGAGGAAGAGGUAUGGAUUGUAACUCAAGUAACAAUGCCAACAAGAAACUUAUUCAAGCUCGUCUCCCAUUCAAGCGCCUGAACCCUGAACCUAAAGAAAACCAGCCGCCCAAACGCCCCUGUGCGCAUGCCUGCCCCAAACCAGGAGUCUCAGACAGGGAGAAUGAGACUGAGAAUGAGUCCUCUCCACUCCCUGUACACAGUGGACCACCCUUGGUUAAUGGUCGCGGGCCCCUUGAUGGCUUCUUGAGCCGUAGGCGCCCUGCAACCUCAGAUGAGAACAUGGUUAUAGAUCUGACCGAGGAAAAUACUUCGUCUCCCGCAAAGCGCCCUGUUUCAUCUGCUUCCGCCUCUCCCUGCCUCCUAGCAAAAGGCAAGCAUGAGGGCAAAAACAAAACUGCAUCUUCUGAGAUAUCCAGCAGUGUUGAUCACACUCCUGAAACGCACACUUUAGACUGUACAGAAGAAGAAGAAGAAGAAGACGACGAAGAACAGGUAGAGGAAGAAGAUGAUAAUCAGACAGCAUCUAUUUCCCAGCUUGACACAACUCAGGAUUCUGAAAGUGAGCCAGAGGAGCUGAAUGAGUCAGGGAAUGUUUCCAGUUUAGGAAACAAGUCCAUGCAGUCAGCUUCAUCAGUCAGCUCCGCAUCUGAUAGCUCACCAGAAAAGUCCAAGACUGAUGACUCCACACCCACGAGAAAAUCUACAGAGCCAAAGACCACCCCCAAGAUAUCAUCAGAGCAGAAAAAGGUUAAAAGGCGCUCAUUGAAGAGUUUAAAAGAACAAGAAGAGAGACUUCGGCUGCGACAAGAGAAGGAACGCCAGAAGGAAGAAGCCAAAGCUGCGAAAGAGAAAAAGAAAGAAGAGGCUCGAAAACUAAAGGAUGAACGAGAAAGGGAAAAACGGGAGAAAAAAGAGAAAGAUGAGCGCGAGAAGCGAGAGAAAAAGGAGAAAGAAGAGAAGGAAAAAGCUGACAGGUUAAAAGCAAAAGAGGAGCUUCGGAAAUCAAAACUAGAGGCAAAGCUUGAAGAAAAACGGAAAAAGGAAGAGGAGAAGCAAAUGAAGGAAGAAGAGAAACGGAUGAAAGAAGAGAAGGAUCGCCUCAAAGCUGAGAAAGCAGAAAUUACACGUUUCCUGCAGAAACCCAAGAUCCAGCAGGCUCCAAAGACACUCGCAGCUGCUUGUGGGAAGUUUGCUCCUUUCGAGAUAAAAGAACACAUGGCUCUGGCACCACUGUGCCGCGUUCAAUGUGAGGACUCUGUUCUGGAGGAGCUGGACCGGUGUUUGGAAAGCCCGGCUAAAAACCUGAAUGGACUGAAAGACUGGAUCGGGCGAGCACCGCGCCAGUCAGGACCGACCAAACCCAGACAGACAGACCAGCUCAUAGAGUGUAUAGCAGUAGAAGGGCCUAAACCUGAUGGUGUGCCGGAUCGUAAACGUUAUGGACCCAUGAAGCUGCUGCAGUUCCGUGAAAACCACCGUCCAGCCUACUGGGGCACCUGGAGCAAGAAGAGUUCACACAUCUCCCCUCGCUGCCCCCUAAAACAAGACAAGGAUUUGCUUGACUAUGAGGUGGACAGUGAUGAUGAAUGGGAAGAAGAGGAACCAGGAGAAUCCCUGUCACAUAGUGAAGGGGAAGAUGAGGAUGAACCAGGUGAAGAUGAUGAUGAAGAUGACGGCUUCUUUGUUCCUCAUGGCUACCUUUCAGAUGAUGAGGGGGCUCUAGAAGAAGAGGAGGGCGGUGACCCGGAGAAGCAGAAACUACGGCAGAAACUGAAAGCGAGGGAGUGGGAUGAGCUGAUGUCCAACAAGAAGAAGAUGAAGGUGCUGGAUCCAGUGGUGAAGGGCUGCGUCUGGGAGGGAGAAACACCUGGUUCACAGGUCCUUCAGCCUUAUGCUGUCUGUCUGAUCGAGCCUUUACCUAAGGCUGACAACUCCCCCAGCCCAGAGGAGCUUUCAGAGAAGAAGCAGAGAGAAGCACAGUUACUUGGUCAGCUUCUGCCUCUGCUGCACGGAAACCUCAACAGUAGUAAAGUGAUCAUCUCCGAGUUUCAGGAGUUUUGUCGUCAGCAGACCUCCUCCUCCCCUUCAUCCCCUCCUGAACAGUCCAGUCCUCAGAGCCCAGCAGAAAACAUUCCCACCAGAAUACAGGUGAAGCGCCUCAUCAAGAACAAUGCUGUUUAUGAGAAGCGCUCCACCUACAGACUCCGCUGCUGGUACGUGCACACGGAGGUCCUGUCCCGUGUUGGGCAGGAGGCUCUUCCCGUGCCGUGCCAGUGGACCUACCUCACCACGGGAGCUCGAGAAGAGUCCCGUGAAGAAACCCAGGCAGCCACAGGCUCUCAGGGAAACUCUCCCACUACACCACAGACCUCCUCCACCGCGUCCUCGUCCUCCAAGCGGAAGAGCACAGGCAGCAUGUCAAUCACCAAGUUCAUGAAGAGAUGUACCGACCCUGAGCAGACGGAAGCCACAGAGGCUGACGGUUUUCAAGCUGACACUGAGGAAGACGAGGAGGACGACUGUGUUAUCAUCUCCACGCAGAGUGCCUCAACCGGAAAGACGUCCUCCAGCGAGGGGGACAACCUGAUGGAGGUGACCCCGUCUGACACAGCUGCUCUCCCCGUGUCCAGCGCUGCUCCCACACUCUCCACUGCCUGAGGACAGGACGGCUCGUGUCUUCAAACCAAGCUCCCCCUGGUUCCCCUCGUGAAUUCCUCCUUCCUGGUUCUGAACUCUGCUGUGUCCAGGACAGAGUCAGGUCUCCAAGCAAGGUGAAGCAGCACACUCUGGUUCCCUCUCACCUUUUUUUUAUUUUUAAAGGAGUCAGGAGUCAUCUUGCCCGUAAAAUGUAUAAAAUCAGGAGUGUCUGACAUGAUUAUUGAGGGCAUUUUGUCCAAUAUUCAUUUACUGUUUGUCUGGUUGAUUUUUGCCUUAAAGUUUGAAUCAGGCAUAUUUGACACGGGCCUCUUGUGAGUCUCUCUGGCGCUGCUUUAGCUUCAGCAGAUCGGGUUAGACAGAGGGAGAAAGAGCAGAACAGAAACAGUCAUGAGAAAAAGCAUCCACAACAUCAAAAUCAGCAUUACGUACGGUUCUCAAAAUGUUGGAUCCAUGAUGUGAUUGGAUAUUUUCUAGUUUAAAUAUGUAUAUAUAUAGUUUACCAGAAAUAAGAGUGUGGAAAUGAGAGGCUAAAAAGUCCAUCUGUACAUUUCCCUUUGAUUUCAAUGGGUGCAUUUAUUCUGCAAUUUCUAACUCUGAUAACUCACUGGAGUAGUUGCUAGAUCUGUACUUGUACAGUUAGGUCCAGUGUCACAUUGUUUUAUAAAUAUAUUGUCUGUAUUUUUUCAAGAAUACUUGAACCGCAUUCAUUAAACAUGAAUAAAAGUACUGCACUUUUAUAUUCCAUUCA